AUGUCGCUGUUAUCAUCUCCUCGCUCGUCGACGGGCUCUGACCAGGAGCUAAGGUCCGACUCAGCCAGCUCAGGCUCGGACUCGGAGCUGAGAUCUGUUUCUGGCAUCAGCACAGGUGCUACGACGCCUGGUACCACUCCUGGUUCCUCCAACGCUGGCUCCAUCGACGCCCUCAAGAGUACCGAGCUCAUACAGGAGAACACACCCAGCCCAUCUUCCCUCCAAGCGGAGCUUGAUCGCGAAAGCGUGUAUGGCGAGCACCUGCCACCCGUGCCAAAGACCGACGACGUCAAGCCGCUGUCUAUCGAUAAUGGGACACCAGAUGCUUGGGUUGCUCGCCACGAACGCCUCAUUCGGCUCACGGGAAAGCAUCCUCUCAAUGUCGAGCCACCGCUUGUCGACAUUCUCAAGACUGGAUUUCUUACUCCUCAGUCUCUGUUCUACGUUCGCAGUCACGGUGCUGUUCCUUACGUAUCUGAAGGUGAUGCCAAGGACUGGAAGCUGCGCAUACACGGUCUAGUGGAGAAGGAGAUCAACUUUACCAUCGAAGAGCUCAAGGAAAAGUUCGAGACCGUUACGCUACCUGUCACCCUGGUCUGCGCCGGCAACAGGCGCAAGGAACAAAACAUGGUUACCAAGGGUCUUGGUAAGUACUGCCUCCAUGCUGGCUACCAGAUUUUCGCUGCCCAACAGCCAAUCAACUGACCGCACAUUUGGCAUGAUAUGACUUGACCAGGCUUCAAUUGGGGAGCAGCAGGCGUGUCUACAGGGCUCUUCACUGGCGUCUACCUCGCGGACCUCUUGGACUACUGCAAACCCAUUCGACCCGCUGGUGCCUUUCCCUACGACCGCAAAAUGCCAGGCCGAGCUCGACACGUCAUAUUUGAAGGCAUCGACGAGCUGCCGAAGGGUAAAUAUGGUACUUCGCAGCGACUCACUUGGGUCAAAGAUAAAAGCAAAGGUAUGCUCAUCGCCUGGGGCAUGAAUGGUGAACCUUUGAGUCCCGACCACGGCUUUCCGCUACGCUUGAUCGUGCCGGGGCAGAUUGGUGGAAGGAUGGUCAAGUGGCUCAACCGCAUUGAGGUUUCGGAUGAAGAGUCACAGCAUUAUCUGCACUUCUGGGAUAAUAAAGUAUUGCCGACACAGGUCACAGCAGAUCAGGCUAGAAGUGAAGAACACUGGUGGAAGGAUCCGAAGUAUAUCAUCAACGACUUGAACGUCAACGCUGCAGCUCUGACUCCUGAUCACAACUCCACACUCGAUAUCAGUCAUGCUGGACCAUCUUCUUAUCGCAUCUGCGGAUAUGCUUACACAGGCGGCGGCAAAAGGAUUCAUCGUGUCGAGGUCUCUUUGGAUGACGGCAAAUCUUGGGAGCUUUCGCAGAUCGACGUGCCAGAAGACAAAUACCGCGUCGCUCCCAUUCGCAACCACCCAUUCUUUGGCACGCUGGACCUCACCGAAACAGAGAUGAGCUUCGCCUGGUGCUUCUGGGAAUUGAACGUUGACACCUCAAGGCUCAAGGAGUCUUCCGUCAUCUCAAUUCGCGCCACCGACGAAGGCUUGGCUGCUAUGCCUCGAGAUAUGUACUGGAAUGCUACCUCGAUGAUGAACAACUGGUGGUUCAGAGUCGCCAUUCAUCGGGAUGAUGACAGGCAACAGCUUCGUUUCGAGCAUCCAACCCUAGCAGGCAACGCCCCCGGCGGAUGGAUGCAGAGGAUGAACGAUAAAGGAGCCAACCCUCGUUAUCCGCAAUUCGGGGCUGACGCCGCGCAGUCCAACGAGGGAUCAACUCAAAAGGUCGUGCCCGCUAAAAUUGACAUUGAAGAGGUCAUGACGCAUGUCGAUAAGCGUAUGACCGUGGUGACCAAAGCUCAAGUUGCCGAGCACGCAAACGAGACGUCGCCCUGGUUCGUGGUUGGCGAUCAUGUCUACGACGGCACGGCUUUCCUCGAGAAGCAUCCAGGCGGUUCAGAGAGCAUCACGCUUGUAGCCGGCGAAGAUGCUACCGAAGAUUUCAUGGCCAUUCAUUCGAUGGACGCGAAGAAACAAAUGCGCGACUACCACAUCGGAAGAAUCGAGGCGGGUGGCUUAGUCAAGACUGAAGGACCGAUAGAGGACGAUCCAACGGCGCCAUUCCUGAACGCCAAGCAGUGGAAAAAGUCUGUGCUUGUGGAGAAGGACGUCAUCUCUCACGACUCUGCGAUCUACCACUUCGCCAUGGAUCGACCUGAUCAGCGCGUCGGCUUGCCGACCGGCCAGCAUGUCUACCUGCGUCUGCGGGACAAGGAUGGACAAAUCGUGCGAGGCAGCGCCGCCGAGGGAGAAUUGGUGCAGCGCGCAUACACACCUUUCUCUAGCGAUGAUCUUCAAGGCUCACUGCAGAUUUUGAUCAAGACGUACAAACCAUCUCCGGAUGGCAAGACUCCUGGGGGCCGCUUCACCACACUUCUAGAACAGAUGAUCCCCGGAGAAGAUACCAUAGAGAUGAAAGGUCCGCUAGGUCAUCUGAAGUACCAACCCGGGGGCGUUAUUCAGCUGCAUGGUCACGAGCACCAUCAUUUGAAGCGUGUGGCCAUGAUUGCCGGAGGCAGCGGCAUUACACCCAUCUGGAGCACACUCAAAGCCUUGCUCAGCGAUCCUGAUGCUGCGCACGUUGAGAUAGCCAUCCUUGAUGCGAAUCGCAUGGAAGCGGACAUCCUAGCCAGAGUACAUCUGGACAAAGCUCUUGCAGCCAGCGGCAGAACCAAUGUCAGACUCUGGCAUGUGCUCAGCGACCCCAACGUCUCGCCGGAAUGGAAGAUGGGCAAGGGUAGAUUGACGAAGGAGCUACUCGAGCAGCACCUCUUUCCACCACCACCUGCAGACAUCAGCGCAGACAAGCUGGACGACACUCUUGUUCUUCUCUGCGGACCUCCGCCAAUGGAAGCCGCUGUCGUCGAUCACCUCAAGGCGAUUGGCUGGCCAGCGCGGACCAUCGUACAAUUCUGA